AUGGAGGCGUGCCUUAGCCUGGAGCCCAGCAAGAAGAUCAUCGGGAGCUUCGGGACAUUUGAGACGGCCGUUCUCCAUGUGGCCAACGCCAUCCAGCUGCAGGCAUUGCGCCGGCUUCGGCAGGAGUCGGUCAAGCCCAAUGGCCAACUUGCAUUUUCACGUCAAGCAUGGCUGAUUAUCAGAGGGCAAGGAAAGAUGGAGUAG